UUAAUGAUUAAUCCUAAAAUUAUAUAACCGAUCGACGCCUUAUAUAGCCAAGUUGGAAGGAAUCAUCAAUAAAGCUCAGGGGGACGUUUCCCGCCAAUUUCCAUAUGCUUUCAGCCUUUUGGCGCGCUUUUCCCAUCUACCUACAAAGGAAAGAAAAAAACGCCGUUUAUAGGUUCAGUAAUCGGAAUUGCACUUAGAAAGAAAGAAAGAAAGAAAAGGAAAAUGGAAGUAGUUCGAUCUGAUAGGAAAUCGAGUUCCAACGACGUCGUCGUUUCGACUCUUCCUCUCUACCGAUCUGCUCCUCCCCUCGAAGUCCGUCUCGAAGAUUUCGAGCUCUUCGCCAUGGAUCGUCUCCGAGUUCUAAAAGGUAUCUCCGAUGGAUUAUCCCGUGGGAAGAAACCUGAAGAAAUGGAAAAUUUGGCAAUGGAUCUUUGGAAAGCAAAUAUGAGACAUCUGGAGGCAACCGAGGGUGUGAACAAGGAUGUCAUAUCACACUUUGUUCUUCGUCUUGUGUAUUGUAGAACAGAGGAGUUAAGAAAAUGGUUUUUGUCCAUGGAGACUGCUCUCUUUCGCUACCGUUUUCAUUCUAAAAGCUCUGAGGCACAGAGGGUGUUGAUGUCUGAGUUUAAGCUUCCGUACAAGCCUGUCAGCAAUGCAGAAUUUGAGAGUGUAAAGGAUAAAUUAGGCCAAGUUGCACGCUCUAUGGGUCAGACUUUACCUGCUGCUGAUGCAAUAUUCUACAAGGUGCCCUUUGAAGAAGUUCCAGAACUUGUAGCUGGUCGUCGGGUGUUUAUACAUAAAGGACAUGCAUAUGUUGCUAUGAAUCAGGUGGUUUCUCUUGUUGUGACACAAUUUCGAAGUAAUCUAUCAAAGGCACUCAUUUUAACAAACAGAAAAUGGACAUCAACCAUCAGAGAACAAGAGAAGGAUCGCCUGGCUCCAAUUGUGGAAGCCUUAUGCACAAGCUAUUUAGGUCCUGAUUAUUCUCAGCCAAAAGAAUUUGCAGAGAUAUCUAUUAAGGACAUUGAUCAAAUUUCUAAGACUUCAUUUCCUCUCUGUAUGCGCUAUCUAUUUGAGAAGGUUAGAGAGGAUCAUCAUUUAAAGCAUGGAGGAAGGAUGCAAUUAGGUCUUUUUUUGAAGGGUGUUGGGCUGAAGCUCGAUGAUGCCCUAGCAUUUUGGAAAGCUGAGUUCGUACCCAAGGUUGGUGCAGAGAGGUUUGACAAAGAAUAUGCAUACAACAUACGCCAUAAUUAUGGAAGAGAAGGGAAGAGAACAGAUUAUACACCUUAUUCCUGUCAAAAAAUUAUCUCGUCAACUCCUGGCGUUGGGGAUCAUCAUGGCUGCCCCUAUAGGCAUUUCAGCGAGGAGAAUUUAAGGGCUGCACUUGCAAGAAUGGGAGUAGGCAGUCGCGUGGUAGAGGAUGUAAUGGACAAAGUGCACAAUAGGCAUUAUCAGUUGGCAUGUACCUUAACAUUUGAAGCUGUUCAUGGCUCAUCAUGCGAUGCUGGUAUCAAUCAUCCAAACCAAUAUUUCAUCGACAGCCAAAAGAUCCUUCAAUCGAAGAAUGGUUCUGUGGCAUAAGGAUGCAAUUCCAGGCAUAGCUCGGAAUCAUUAAUUUAAAUUUGUUGCACUUGCAUACACAGGCAGAAACGGAUUUAUAAUUGGGACAAAAAAGAUUUUGUACUUUCACCCAACAUUCUCAACGGCUUCUCAGUUUGUAAGAAACCCCCAGUCAUUAGAGAUCAGUUGUUAUACUGUCGUCCAAGAUAACCAUGAAGUGGCCAAUGGAAGUAACCAAUCAACAACCAUGCCGAUGGUGUGGUUAACCUUCUCUACUUUUACCUUGUUUUUCAUUUAUUUUUCUUGGUUAAAGGGCUGUGCUUGACCAAUCGAAGCUUGGGUUGUUGUUAAUUAAGUUAGCAUCUGGUCCGGAAGGGAAAACAAAACAAACACUGAUUUUUGUGCUAUUCGGGACACUGUCCGGACCAACUGAACUGAUCUAUAGAGUUCCUAAACGUUGCCAAGCGUUCACCUUUGCUAUAGCUGAGACUUUUAUUUGGUUAGUUGGUCUGAUAUUGGUGGUUAGUUGUGAAUAGGUGGAACCCAAAUGACUUUAAGAAGCAUUCUAUUUAUUGUAAGAAAAAUUUACUGCUUUUCUCCCACCAACUUUAGUUUUGAUGUAGCACUAUCCGGCAUACAUAGUUAAAUAAAUAAAAUUAAGUAAGAGGGUAUUGGAAUUUUUCACCAAAUCACAGGAGAAAGAG